AUUAGUUUGUAACCUCCCGACAAACUAUAUAUUGCAUAGUUUUCAUGUAGAAUGGCAGCCGAUCCUAAAUAUGCCAAUCUUUCGGGAAUAGCUUACGAUCAACCUGAUGUUUAUGAAACUAGUGACUUACCAGAAGCUGACCAGUUUCACAGUGAUUUCGGGUCUGGUCAAUUUCAGGAAGAAGAUUGUGAUGCUAUAGAACAAGGUCAUAUUUCGGCAAAUGAUGCUUUCUCUAGAUUUAAGGGUAAAUUUUUGAGCUCAGAAAAUGUUGACUUCUCAGAUAAACUUAGUAGAAAGCCACCAAAAGGUUAUAAUGCCAGAUCUGGAGAGUGGGAAUUGGUUGCUAGCGGGGAAAAAGAAACUCCAAUCCAAAGAUACCAAAGAUUGAAGUGUGAAAUGAAAGAAUUGGUUGAAGAGAUAUCUGUGAUUAAGGAAGAAGAAUCAAAAGAUGUAAACAAAGCUAACAUGGUGGCACACGUUGAUUCGAUGCUUAGAGAAUUAGAGUCACUUAAGCUGGAGAAGUACCUGGGGCCUUCGGUCGUCAAUCAGUUAGCUGAUCCUCAAGGAGCUCAGAUAAAAAAGCUGAUUUUGCAACUUGAAAGGCUGAGUGGAUUAGGCAUUCCCAGUCCGGAAUCGACCAGUGCUGUCACUACUCCUGCUGCACCCACUGAAAUACGUUACGAACUAAAGUCUAACCCAUCGUUGGCCGCUCUCAACCACGCAGCUAGGGUUGCUGACCUCGAAGCUAGGGUUUCGAAGUUACAGUCACUUGUUUCUGCUUCUCCAUCGGCCAUUAAAAGGCUUGGUGGUAGUGGAGAUAAAAGUUUAGCCGAAACAGCUCAUUGGAUCGCUGGAAAAGUCGCUAUGCUGGAACCGGGUCAGGUGGAAGUCGCAGAAACGAAGAUAACUGCGUUGCUCGGGAAGUUAGACCAACUUGCUGAGAGGUCUUCGUCUGUUACUGGGUCCCCUGACCAAGACAAUAAGAUUUCAGAGCUUUACGAACUAGUGAAGACUACUGAAGAAAUGUCCCUCAUUAUCCCAAGUGUCCUUGAUCGUAUGAUUGCCUUAGAAGAACUACAUAAACAAGGUAAUGAUUUCUCGAAAUCAUUGAGCGAAUUGGAAUCAAUGCAGAAAGUUUUAGCGAAUAGUUGCGAAGCAAGCAAGGAAUUGAUCAAACGUCUUGAGGAAAACUUUGCAACCAAUAUGAAAACUCUUCAAGAGAAUAUAGACAGCUUUUCACAGAGAAUGAAGGCAUUGCAACAGAAAUAGCAUAUUUAUUAAUCUUAUUAAUUUUAUAAAUAAAAAAUAAAAAAAUGAUUUUUUAAGUUUUGGAAAACAGCCUUGACUUCCAAAAGUAUUUUAAUAUUCACUAGGCAAAAAACAAACGCUGAGUAAUUUUUUUACCUUGUUUUAAAUAAAAUUUCAAUUCUAUAUCAAAUUCAGGUUAGCAGCAUUAUCUAUUUUAGAAAAAAAUGAGUAAGUUUUCAUUUAUUAUUUUAAAAUGUAUUAUGGUUAUAUCAAUGAGGAUGCUCCUGUCUCGCUGUGACAAAAAACAUUUUGAAUUUGCAUUUUCUUAAUUUUUAAGGACUUUGCACUCAUAUUACAGAUCAUAUAAUAUAAAUUUAUUUAUGCUUGGUGUUAAAGAUAUAUUUCUAUUAUUAAUAAUUUAUUUAUAAGUAAAUUUAAUGAUAUUUUAAGGGAUUUUUUUCAUCUCAACUUUUAUUGUUUUUAUUCAAACAUUUUAUUCAAUCUGUGCUUGAACAACAAAUGUAUGAUUUUUUUAUUAAUUAAUAAAUAUUAAUUUUUUUUAACUUAUUUAAUAUUUAUCUUGUUUCUUCUUGUUG